AAUGGAACUCACAUGUUCGGAAUCACAAAGCAAAACAUGAUGUAAAUGUGCAUCCCAAACACGGCAGCAUUUAUCAAAAGUUAUUCGAAGCCAAAGUUAUAUAAUUUAUUCUUCCGGUCGGUGCGUAUAAUGUCCCAGCACUAUAACCGCUUUCUCAAGCUGCUGGAACGUUGGCCGGUGGAUCAGAGUAAAAUCGGUCGGGAUCUGGGACAGUAUCUGCGGGAUCAGCUGGCCGGAGUGCUGGGUAGUGCCAACAUUAUUGCCGUGAACGACGAACGUCUAUCGCGACAGCAUCGAGCGUUGGAGAAUCUGGUUAACGACGUGCACCUGAAGGCCCACCCGAGGACGCUUCAAUCGACUGCCACCGGGCUGUCCGGAGAGCAGUGCCGGGACGUGCUUUCGUCGGAGUUUAUGGAAUACUUGAACAAGCAAUGAUGAAGGUAUUAGCCGGCGGUGUUCAUAGAUUAGGAUUAGUUUUAAGCAGAAACUUUGCAACGGAUGUUGGCCAUGUUCCGGUUAUGGCCCGGGAGACGGUCACGUUUUUGAAACCUCAAAACGGAGAGCUGUUUGUUGAUAUGACUUUUGGUGCGGGAGGUCACACCAAAGAAAUUUUGAAAGCCGCUCCGGAAGCCAAAAUUAUUGCAUUGGAUCGAGAUCCAAUUGCUCAUAGGAUUGCAACUGAUUUGGCUUCCUGCUACCCGGAACAAAUCAUACCGGUACUUGGGAGGUUUUCCGAGCUUCCCGCAAAAUUGCGAGAAUUAAAGAUUCAACAAAAUUCCAUUGACGGAUUUAUAUUCGAUUUCGGUUGUUCCUCUAUGCAGUUCGAUAAAGGACUUCGUGGUUUUUCAAUCAGCAGAAACGGUCCCCUGGAUAUGCGAAUGGAUAAGGAUCGAUGCCAGGACAGUCCAACGGCCGCCGAAGUCCUUGCCAAAAUUGACGAAACCGAUUUGAGCCGGAUAUUGAAAAUUUACGGAGAAGAAAAACAUUACAGGAAAAUUGCCCGUGCCAUAAUCGAUGCUCGUCAUUCGAUGCGUAAAAUCGAAACCACACACCAGCUAGCCGACAUAGUUCAGUCCUGCUUCGGAACGGGAAUUCACCGAUUGGACAAACUUCUAAGACCCAGCCAUCCGGCCACGAAAACCUUCCAGGCGCUGCGAAUCUUUGUCAACAAUGAACUGAACGAAAUCAACUACGGGAUGCUGCUGGCCCAGCGAUAUCUGAAGUUGGGUGGCAAACUGGUGGCCAUAACGUUCCACUCGCUCGAGGACACCAUCGUGAAGCGGCACGUCAUGGGUAACGUGUUGAACGACAUGGCCAACCGGUUGCCGCUGCGCUACUCCAGCCACACCGUUUGUCACGACCGGCAGGCGAUGGACAGUCUAACGAAACCGUGCUCCGGAUGGCAGCAGCUGACCAAACAUGUGGUGCUUCCGGGUGACGAGGAGGUGGAACGAAAUCCCCGGAGUCGGUCGGCCAAACUGAGAGCGGCGGUAAGGGUGAGUUAAGUUUUAUGUUCCUGGUCAGGUGUGCUAAGAAAUUGUCAUUAAAUUCGUAUUGGAACGUUG